AUGAUUAAUUUUGCCAAUCGACUCACAUAUUUGGAAGGAUCGAAAGAUCGAAAUAUUUGGAAAGAUAUCGAUUUGGAUAGUCGAAAAUUUACCGAAAAAAUCAUCGGAAGAACAACGUUGAGAAAAAUGAAGGGAAAAUAUGUGGAGGUUUUGAGUGAUAAAAUUGAUGCGAGUUUGGCGGCUUAUGCGGAUUUAUCAUUGGAAAUCGAGUGAGUUUUUUCGGGUCUUCAAAUUUUUGAUGGAAAAAAACAUGCUAAAUGCCACGUGGAUUUUUUUAUUCUAAAUUUUGUUGCAGCCAAAAAAUCAGUUUCCACGUGGCAUAAUUUCAGCUUAAAAAAUCGAAAAAUCACAUCUAAACUUCCCAGAAAAUUUACUGUUUCAAAAUUGUUAUUCAAAAAUUGGAUGAGCUCAUAGAAAAUGCCACGUGGAUUUUUUUUAAUUCAGAAUUUUUUGGUGGAGAUUCCACGUGGCAUAAUUUCAGCAUCAAAAUCGAAAAUUUACUGUUUCAAAAUUGUUAUUCAAAAAAAUUGGCUGAGGUCAUAGAAAAUGCCACGUGGAUUUUUUUAAUUCAGAAUUUUAUUGUCGUCAAAAAAUGAGAUUCCACGUGGCAUAAUUUCAGCUUAAAAAAUCGAAAAUUUACAUCUAAACUUCCCAAAAAAUUUACUGUUUCAAAAUUGUUAUUCAAAAAAAUUGGCUGAGCUCAUAGAAAAUGCCACGUGGAUUUUUUUGUUGUGAAUUUUUGGGCGGCAAAAAUUCAGAUUCCACGUGGCAUAAUUGGUGCUUCAAAAAAAUGUUCUCGAAAAAAUAGCUUCAUUUUUUCUCGAUGAAUUUAUGAUUUCAAAGAUCUGAAAAAAUGCCACGUGGAUUUUUUAAAUUCAGAAUUUUUCUCGAGAAUAAAUUCCCAGAAAAAACGUGAACGUGACCUAGUUUUUUUUUUACAAAUUUCUGGAAUUUCCCUGAUUAUUUUCGUUUUUUUUUGCAGCUUGAUGGAAUCAUUGAAUUUGGCAGAACUUGUGAGGAAAGUAUUGGAUGUUGAUUUUGUAUUUGAAGGAAAAAUCGAUAUAAGUGAUUAUGAUAAGCAUCUGAUCACAUAUUCACUCACACGAAAAGCAAUGCUGAAUGACCAAGUCGUCGAUGAAUUUUUGAUUGAUCCAAUUCUCAACCAAAAUGACGAAAUUCUCCUCAAACUCUUCGCAAUUUAUAUCCAAUUUGCUGUUGAUUUAUUGAGGAAUCUCUUUAUUGUUCAAAUUCGAGAUGAUUUUAUUGUUGGAUGGAUUCCGAGAUUCGGAAAAGUUCGAGAUUUGGUUGAUACGCCGAUUGCUUUUGCGCCGUGUUUGAGACCGAGAUCGAGAAUUUAUGAGGAAAUGUUCGAAAAUGGGGAAAUUAUGGAACUGGAUGAGAGAAAAAUGAAGAGAAGAAAAAAGACGACGUUACUCAAUAUGGUGAGUUUUUUGGGGGGAAAUUACUGAAAAAUAUGCAAUUUUAAUGCCAGAUAUUUCAUGUUAAAAUUAAAAUUGAAGAUCUUAAAAUCCACGCUGAAAUUGAAGUUUUCAAAUUUUAGAGCUACUGGAAAUGCACCAGCAAAUUUCAGAGCUUCUAAGAAUGCGCCAGCAAACUUCGAAGCUUCCAAAUUUGCGUCAGCAAAUUCUAGAGCUUCUAAGAAUGCUUCAGCAAAUUUUGGAGCUUCUAAGAAUGCGCCAGCUCGAUUUUCAGCAUCCAGAAUUUAUUUCAAAAAUCUUUCUUUUGACAAAAAUUUUGAAAAGUCACGAAGUUUUCAAAAUCAAAUUCUGUGUCUAAAAUCAAUUUUUUGUCAUGAAUUUUUGUUCUCAAGAAAAACAUUUCCAGAUCAUCGACGAAAAUGGCUCCGAUCAUCAAGCCUUCAAACUCGCCUUCCCAAAAUCUCCGAAAAUUCUUCAAAACCACUCAGUAAAGCGAUUUUUGUUGGAAGAAAUUGAAAUUUAUCGAAAAAACUCGAGAAAAAUGAAGAGAUUCGAGCAAAAGUUCACGAUUUUGAGACGCAUUUUUGGACGAAAUCGAGUUGUUCAUAUGGAAAAGUUGAAGAAAUUGUUGAUUUUGAAUGAGAAGAUUUUGUUGGAUAAGAAUACUUGUAUGGAAUAUAUCGAAUGUCGUAAGUUUCAAAUUUUGGGGGGUAAUUAAAAAUUUAUGGGGCUAUUCAUGUAUUUUCUCAGCAUGUUGAGAAAACAGGAGAAAUGCGGAGAAAAUACAUUUUCUACGCUUUUUUCGUAUUUUCUCAGCCUACCUGAAUAGGUUUUCUCCGCUUUUCUCCCGUUUUCUCAGCGUUGAAAAAUAACAUGAAUAGCCCCAUUAAAAAAAAGGUUCUUCAAAAUCUCAAAAAUCCAAAAAUUACAGUACCCGAAAAAAAAUAAAAUUUAGUUUCUAAAUUCUCAAAAUGUCCGGCUUAUUAAUUUUACUACCUAAAACUUCUCAAAUGUCUGCUACAGUACACCUAUAUACUAAAUAUUCAAAAAAAAUAUUCUGAUUAAUUCGAAAUGUUAAUUUCUUUCAGUGAAUCCGAAAUUAUUCUACAAACAAAAGUCUUCGCAUUUCUGCAAACUUGCCAUUGUUCGCCUCAUUUUACAAACAUUUGUGGAGAUUCAGAAAAAGCUUGCAAAUAUUGGAUAA